UCUGGUGCUCUGGUGCUCUGGUGCUCUGGUGCUCUGAUGAUACGAUGGACCUGUGUCACUUGACUGAUGUUUAGUGCCAGCGGCGAAAGCUAUAAGAAACUCGCUCUUUUCCAACUUUGCUUCCCUCCCUCCAUCACUCCUGCAUACUCAUCCAGGCAUACUCAAGCUCUACACUGCCAUCAUCAUAACCAGUCAACGAUCUCUUCCAAGCAUCAAAGCUCAUUUCCAAGAGUCAAGCUCUCGUCAAAAACCUCAAAAGCUUUCGGUACGGACUCGUAAGACUCUUUUCAGCCGACAGGUAUUACUCUUCUUGAGGAAUACCUGUGUUCGAGUCACCAAUUGCUCGACCGCCAUCAACGGCUCAAAGAGCAAAGUUCCGCCCAAGUGCCGAUAUCAUAAGCUCCAUCCCAUCUCCAUCACAAUGCGGUCGAUCGGCAGCGCUUCGAGCAACAUGGCUCGUCUCAGCUAUACGUCGACGUCCAGCUGCGAUUCAUACAGUGCGUAUAAUCGCUCAAAGGCUGAGGACAAAAUCUACUAUCUACGUGACAUCCUGACUCCAUACGAGUUUGACAAAGAAGUAGACAUUGUGAUGGAAAGGAUGGCUCGCAAAGCCGAGGAGGCAACCGAGGGGGGCCCAAAAAUGCGCCGAAGAUUGAUCAAGAAGGUCAAAAGCAUCUUUCGUCUUAACAGACUCUAUGAUGAGUAGAGCCGACGGCUCAGCUUGUGCCGAGAGUGCUUGGCACACUGAGUGUAGCAGGGGAGGAUGUCAAGGGGGCCACGAUUGGCGGUGGCCGAGAGAAACUCUCAGAUGCUCAGCAUCAAAAGUGUGCCAUAAAAUAUGGCCGGCGUGGGAUCACAGAUCCACAGUAAGUUUUCAAGUUCCUAUAAUAAAGAUGCGAUUUAACGGUUUGUAGGCAUCAAAUCAGUUCUCGGAGAU